AUGUUCGAUUACCCGCCGCUGUUGAAAUGGUUUAUUUCGGGAAGCGGACGGGGGAGAGCUUCCAGGGGCCGCACCGCACCGCAGCUCUCCUGCUCUGUGCGCUGGAGCCAUGUGCGCGCCUCGGCGCUACACGCUUUUGCCUACGCAAUCAACGACGUAAUGAAGACUGAGCACUUUUACCUCACGCUCAUCUCUACGCGGGCGCGGAGAGGCGCGCAGCCCCCGAGCGUGCGCCACCGCUCCUUUCCCGCGCUGCCUCCCGCACAACCCGCACAACUCGCAGCAGCUUUUGCCUGCGCCAAGCGCGACUCGCCCGAAACGCCCAAGCCAAGCCUCCAGAGGACAGGGCGAAACUCUAAGCUCGUCCUGCUCCAGCGGCGUGCUUUUGGGGAGGCAUGGCUGGGCCAAGUGUCCCCGUUUGCUGUAGGGGCUGUCACCACAGAUGUCGAGGCCUUACGGGGACACCUCUCAGCGCACGUCCCGUGCCCACCGCUGCGCAAGGUCGCACCGCAUCUCCUGUGGCGUUCAGGGCAGGCCCAGUUCUGCUGGGAGACAAUCGCAGGUCAGAAGACACGCUCGCUCGGGUUUGCCUCCUGUGCGCAAGAGGAGGGAAGCACAGGAGGAACAAGGGUUCGUGCCCGACGCUGGGCCCCACGCCUGCAGUUCACGGUGGCAGAUGCCCCGCUCCCUGCCUCCCAUCACGCUGCCCCAGCCCGGGAAGGUUUCUAG